UAUUAGGUUCCAUUUGCUGGUGUAUUGAUGCAGUCUGCCUGUGGAGAGGGAGAACGCUUGCCUGUAUUUGUGAAGAGGAGAUGGAGAAUUUAGUGAUUUUUUUUCAUUUUGUACCUGUGAAUUUUCUGCAAUCCAAAGAUGGCAGCGAAUAAGCCUAAAGGACAGAAUUCAUUGGCUUUACACAAAGUGAUCAUGGUGGGAAGCGGUGGUGUAGGAAAAUCUGCUUUAACACUACAGUUUAUGUAUGAUGAGUUUGUUGAAGAUUAUGAGCCCACCAAAGCAGACAGCUAUAGGAAAAAGGUGGUUCUGGAUGGGGAAGAAGUCCAAAUUGAUAUAUUGGACACAGCAGGGCAGGAGGACUAUGCUGCAAUUAGAGACAACUACUUCCGAAGUGGAGAAGGCUUUCUUUGUGUCUUCUCUAUUACAGAGCUGGAAUCCUUUGCGGCAACUGCAGACUUCAGAGCUCCAAGUUUCUUCUUGGAGCUGGUGGCAUUAUCGAUCCAGAUUAGCAUGUAUCGUAGAACUAAGGUUUUUUUCGAUUUAAUGAGAGAAAUUAGAGCCAGAAAAAUGGAAGACAGCAAAGAAAAGAAUGGGAAGAAGAAAAGAAAAAGCCUAGCUAAGAGGAUCAGAGAAAGAUGUUGCAUUUUAUAAUCAAAAUCCUGAAUUCCUUUCCUACCCUGACCAUACUAAUAAAAACCAUAAUUUAUAAGCAUGCCAUUGAAGGCUCAAGUGACUGAAAUUACUCUAACAUGUUGGAAUUUGUAAUGUACCACUAAAAGCAUGAAUUGGAGCUGCACUGAAAGUCAAAUUCACUGAAAAAAAAAAAAAAUGUGGCUUCAAGAGAAGCAAAGUUCAGUCCAUUUCAUAAUUGCCUACCUUCUCACAUUUCUUCUGAAUGUAGUGUUUCAUAGGCAGUCUUUUCUUUAAUAGUGAACAGAGGGGGGAAGUAUUACUUUGUGGGUUCUUGUAAAGCAUACUUUUUUAUCACUGGUAAUUGUCAAUUCAUCUUGUCUUUUGUUGCCUUGAAAAUUACAAUUGUGGACGUGAUACCUAACAAAGCGGUAUGCAGUUAUUUUGCCAUGGAGUUAUGCAAAUUAGAAAAGAAUAAUUUAUAUGCGAACAGUUUCUGUUGAGGAAAAUUAUAUGUGGUUCUGCAUUACCUGAUUAACCUAGAAGAGUGAUGUAAUCUUUUACAUGGAAACAUUUGAAUAUGCCUUAAUUUUAAAACCUAAACAUAACAGGUUGCUUAAUCAAGGGUGUAUUUUCAACUCUGUUGCAUGGAGACUGUCCCUGCAUCAGUGCAGACUGCCCCUUCUGUGGAGUGCAGUUAUGUGAAUGGUUUCGCUAACUAGCUGUCUGCUAGAAGUGUCUGUUCUUUAAAUGUGUGCCAUACUCUGGUAUUGUGAAUAAUACAGAGCAUAUUCUGUCAUCCCUAACCUGGUAAACAAUACGGUAUCCUAAAACUAAAAGGUCAGAAUACAUGUAAUGCUGAAGUCAUAAGCCCAUGGCACAUCUAAGCCUGGAAUGGUUGUUUAAAACUUAAUGUGCUGGUACCUUGAAACCUCCCUUUUGCAAGUAGAUUUUUGUCUAGAUGUUCCUUGGGUUUUAACUCCCUGGAGUUGGGUGGAGUGGAGCUGAUUCAGUAGUGCUAAUGUGGUUUGAGUUAAGAUGUUGUCCAGGAAAUUCUGGUGUCAUCAGUUAAUUUCUUUUGUGUUCCUAAUACUGGGCUAUGGGAACAUGCUGUGUUAUGCUGAAGCUCUUUGCAGGUUUUGUACUGUUUCGUCUAGUUUAUGUUGACUUUCAAAUGGGGAACAUUGUAGCUACUUUUUCUAGUUAAUGUUGAUAUUAAACAAUCAAACAUGCUUUGCAAUACAGAAACAUUUACCACAUGCAUCCAAAAUCCCCAAACAAAACAUGCUGCCUCAGUUGCUUCAGAACAGCAAGAAUACUAGCACACGGUUAGUAUGCUGCAUCUUAACUAAAAAUAUACCAGAACGUUUGAGGGUUUUGGACUACUCCUGGGGUAAGACAGGCUAGAUCAAUUCCACAAACUGUUACACUUUUUAUACAUGUGUAAACCUAUAACUGACAGUUAAAAAUGUGCUCAAGCAAGCUAAGUAACAAAUAUUUAACUUUCAUGCUAACAGACAUUUUAGGGACUCAAGUCUUAGAAGUUAUAUUUGUCAUGUUAAAUAUUUAUCAAUAGGAAUUUUGUAUGUGCAUUUAGUAGACUGCCAAGUGCAGAAUUAAAGUUACUCAUGUAACUGCGGCAAGUAAGCCAGUCUUCAUCUUGCUGUGUACUCAUUUGGGUCUAUUUAGCCAGGGAGUCUAACCACUAACAUUGUGACUUUGCUUUGGGACCUGUAUACUUGGAACUGAGGUGUUAUGAAGCCACUGGACACAUGAAAUUUUGUCUUGGCUGAUGCCUUAGCCUGUCCUUUUAUUUGCUAUUUGAGCCAUUGAAAGAUGAAUAAACUUCCAUUUUUUUAAA